GAAGAGGUCUAUUUCAAGAUGGCGGCGAGGAGGAAGGCUGGAAGUGAACGACAUUAAAUUUGCUUGUUUAAUCAAAUACAGGUUUGCAUCACCAUGGCAAUGAUGGAUGAUGUUGAUUUCCUCAUCUCACACAUUCGAAACUCCUUCAUCACGAGUGACGACACCGGCAUGUGUGAGCUGAUCAUAGAAAUGGAUGAGGCGGAGAGGGUGGACACACGGACACAGUCAUUCAGCACAUACGCUCACUGGAACAAGUGUGAUUCCCCUCCGAGCCCGGUGGACAGUGGUUUGGACACUUCUGAUGAGCUGUCCCACUCCUAUGACAUUCUGCCUGACAUGGACUAUGGUGCCCACCGGCGCCGCUCCAACACGGCCCAGCGCCUGGAGCGCCUGAAGAAGGAGAAGCGGAACCAGUGUAAGGUGAAGACGGUGUCCUGGAAGGAUGCACAGACCAACUACUCAGCUGAGGAAAAGGGGUACCUGUUUGAGAAGAAGGAGGUGCCUCCAGUCACAGUGAAGGAGUCGACAAGGAAGGGCAGCUUCCUCUCUCAACAGCUGAAUACUCAUGGAAUGAAGGGAGAUAACCCAUUCACAGAAUAUGCAAAGUUUGAUGGAAGGGCCAGUGCAGGUAUUGCAACAAAGAAAAUCGACAUUUUCCUUACGAUGGCACCCGCAGAGAGUCGAGCCUAUCCAAUGCCGGUGGUUGUCGUGGCAACAGCAAAAGUGGAGGAACUGAUUGGUCUGAUUUGCUGGCAGUACAUGCAUGAGGCACGAGAACCUAGGAUGAUAGAGGACACCGGUGUCUACUGGCUGCACAUCGCUGAGGAUGACGGGGAGGUUGACAUGGACUUCCCCAGCCUCGACAAAAGGGAACCCGUGUCAAAGUUUGGUUUCUCAAAGCUGGCAUUAGUUGAGAGGGCACCUGCUCACCCAACACCAAAGAAGUCACUUGUAGUAACAGUAAAUGUUCCGAGUCGAGGGUUCAACAAGUUCCAGGUCGACAACAUCAACAUUCCUAUGAAAGACAUCCUCAACAAAGUCCUCAAGCGGCGCAAAAUCAAAGUGAAGCCGGGGCUGAGUUACUACCUAGAGAAGCAGAACGAGCCAGGCUCUGUUAUUGACCUUGAUGACUUAGUCCUGUUGUUUGUUGUAGGGCUGAGUUACUACCUAGAGAAGCAGAACGAGCCAGGGUCUGUCAUUGACCUUGAUGACUUAGUCCUGUUGUUUGUUGUAGGGCUGAGUUACUACCUAGAGAAGCAGAACGAGCCAGGCUCUGUUAUUGACCUUGAUGACUUUGUCCUGUUGUUUGUUGUAGGGCUGAGUUACUACCUAGAGAAGCAGAACGAGCCAGGGUCUGUCAUUAACCUUGAUGACUUUGUCCUGUUGUUUGUUGUAGGGCUGAGUUACUACCUAGAGAAGCAGAACGAGCCAGGCUCUGUCAUUAACCUUGAUGACUUUGUCCUGUUGUUUGUUGUAGGGCUGAGUUACUACCUAGAGAAGCAGAACGAGCCAGGGUCUGUCAUUAACCUUGAUGACUUUGUCCUGUUGUUUGUUGUAGGGCUGAGUUACUACCUAGAGAAGCAGAACGAGCCAGGGUCUGUCAUUGACCUUGAUGACUUAGUCCUGUUGUUUGUUGUAGGGCUGAGUUACUACCUAGAGAAGCAGAACGAGCCAGGGUCUGUCAUUGACCUUGAUGACUUAGUCCUGUUGUUUGUUGUAGGGCUGAGUUACUACCUAGAGAAGCAGAACGAGCCAGGGUCUGUUAUUGACCUUGAUGACUUUGUCCUGUUGUUUGUUGUAGGGCUGAGUUACUACCUAGAGAAGCAGAACGAGCCAGGGUCUGUCAUUGACCUUGAUGACUUAGUCCUGUUGUUUGUUGUAGGGCUGAGUUACUACCUAGAGAAGCAGAACGAGCCAGGGUCUGUUAUUGACCUUGAUGACUUUGUCCUGUUGUUUGUUGUAGGGCUGAGUUACUACCUAGAGAAGCAGAACGAGCCAGGGUCUGUCAUUGAUCUUGAGUCCAACCUGGCCGCCACUGACACCAUGGAGUUUUGUCUCGUCAGAGAAAACAGUCAGCGGGGGGACAUAGAGGAGCUGUACCCGGUGGACUCCUCGGACGUGGCUGAGUCACUGACCAGUCAUCAGUACAAGUCCUACAUCGUCAACAUGGUGCAUAAGCUGAGAACCAACACAGAGGUUCAGCUAGGUGUCAGUGGUGAGAAGGUAGAAAUAGACCCGGUCACCAACAAGGGCACCGGGAGGUUGUUCAAGCAGAAAGCUGUCACUUACGAUGCUGACAACAUUGCUGACUGCGAUAUAGUGGAAAAUAGGUCUAACGGCAAGUGUGUGUUCCGGAUGAUGUACCAGAGUAACCAUGACUACAAGCAUCAUGACUUCGAGGUUGAAGAGGAGGUGGCCAAUGAAAUUGUUCAGAAAAUAAACAACAUUCUUGAGCUGAGGCUCAGUCAAACACGUAAAGACUUUGUGGCAAACAGAGAGAGAAAGAGGAAGCGAGACUCACUCAGAUACAGUUAACACUGGGAGUUGGACAAUCCACUGACAAGCAACAACUCGUCAUCUCAAAGAGGACCAGAUCUAACCUUUGAGAUACGUAAUGUGCAUUAGACAACUGAUAUUCUAUUUGAUGGACCACAGGAUGGAUCCAGGGAUAAGUGUAGGAUUUCUGAAGUGAAAACCCAGUGUGCUGUUGUACAAAACAACCUCAUGACCCUGUCACACGUAUAGCAGUAACGUAUGAGAAUUUUUGCCAAAACGCCGGCAACGCUGAAACACGCUAUGGAUAAGUUAGGUGUAAGUUGUAUACGUUAAAAGCAUGCUGGUAUACGUUGUAGUAUGCAGAGGCUUAAAAACAUUUUUGUGCAUGCACAAAAUUUUCGGCUUUAUACGUUAGGCAUACUUUAGAGGUAUGCUCUACAUACGUUUAUAUACGCCAGAUAUACAUUACCCAUACGGCCCGUUUAAGGCACCUUUCUCCUACGAUGAACGCGCUAGUCAUACGCUGAACAUGCCAGACAUAGAUGGCAAAAUGCUUUUAUACGAUGUCAUAAGUUAUUAUAAGUCAGUGAUACGCUACUAUUACGUUAGACAUGCGUUACAUAUACGGUAAACUCUCGUUAUGUAUACGCUAUGGAUGCGCCCAAAUCAUGGUUUUUCGUAUGACGUAUGACACGCUAGGUGCAAGUUUCUCUGAAACGUUGUAGUGUGACAGGGCCAUUAGUACUAUGACUGUCGUAAGUCUAUGAUAAGGUAUGGGAGUUACGAUCACCUUAGCGCUAAGAUCACUUUGUACAGUGACUCUUACAGGAACUGAUUCCCCCACUUUUAGUGCCCGUGGGUAGCCCCACCAGAUAACAUCCAGAAUGGACAAUGGGUUGUCUUUAAAAUCAAAUGCUUUUUGAUUUAUGAACUGUGAUGAAAUGUUGUGUUUUAAUUCUAGGCUAAGAUAACUACUAAAUGAAUGUGGUUUGUUGAAACAUAUAUGGGAUGUCUUUGAAUCUGUGAUGUGUAUUCUGUGAAAUUAAAUACAGCUAUGACUAUAA